UGCUAUCCAGCCCUUCCUCAGACAUUCUGUGUCCCAGGGCUCUCUCAAACUGUGCAAAAAAUGAAUCCUCACAUAUCGGUUCCCCGCCAGCAUGCCAGUCCGUCUAACUUCGGCGGCACACCUGCAAGCCGUGGAUCUAGCAUCCGGAUGCCGCGUUUUUUCAAAAGGUGCGCUCUUUGAGAACUCCUGUGGGCUAGAAGAUAAUGUCAACACGGAGAUGUUCAAGUUUCCACAGAUGGACUUUGAAAUGGCUAUAUGGGAGAUGACAUCACUGCUAAUCGCUCCUAAGAAAGUUUUCAAAUCCAUCUACUACCAUGUGAGCGACGGGAGAAGUGUGUACUCUCACAGCAAUAACACCAUAAUAACCUGUCGCUUUGUCUUCACAGAAACCAAGAAUACCUGGCAUCGGCCUGAUCCCUCUUUCACAUACCUACUUUCCUUCUUCUUGCUCCUCACAGCCCUCGCGUGGGGUCUCGCAUAUGCACCGUCUUUCGGGGCUAUUAUCCGCCUGUCUCUGCUGUUCAUCUUUCUCCAUUUCAUCGGGUCCUCACUGCUGGUGUCAACAAUAGGAUACUUUGCCAUCGGGCGACUUUUCGGUCCAGAUGGAGCGGCAUCCUCCUUCUCUGGGUUGCGAGGCGGACGUGGACGGAGACGUGGUGCAGCACAAGGCUUGUUCGUGCAACCGGGUGAAAAGGAUCAAUUGGAAUUUGGAUAUUGCUUUGAUGUAUCUAACCGGGCAUUCUUCCCUCUCUACCUUCACCUGUAUGUCGUUCAGUUCCUUCUCCUGCCGCUUCUAACGCGCAGUCCGAGCAAUUUUCUCGCCACGUUCCUCGGGAACACGCUCUAUCUUUCCGCCUUGGCCUAUUACACAUACAUUACCUUCUUGGGGUACAAUGCCCUUCCGUUCUUGCAUAAUACUGAAUUGCUCUUGCUCCCCAUCCUCGCGUUCGCGAUUCUGUGGCUUGUGAGUUUAAUCACGGGAUGGGGCAUUGUAGCGCAAGGAGGUAGCGUGGAAGGGCUUUUCUGGGGCGCCUAAUAUCUGGAGCCCCACCAAUGCCCCUUCGCAUUGGACGAACAUUCUACUGUACCUUUAAUCAAGCAAGGCGUUGGUGUAUACGGUGACGUUCUCGAUGACUUUCAUAUUCAUGUUCAUUUGUACCGUUUUGUUUGCUUUAAGGGAUCUGAGCGUAGGGAUAGACUACCCUUUCCUAUAUAUUGCGUUUAUUGGAGAGAAAGCC